AUGGCCGACCAAAGAGAACCCUUCUUGACAAUAUCAAGCGAUAAUCGUGGUGCUAUUAUCACUGUCACCUCCAUCGCUUUUCUCAUUGUGGCCAUAAUAUUUGUGCUAGCUAAGUUCGGUUCAGCCAUUUAUUUCAAGCAACGAAGAUCAGCAGUCAACCUUCCGAUCUGGAGCGCUCUAAUCCUUGCAUUUAUCCAAGUCAUUAUCUUGCAAAAGGCUGUCUACCAUGGACUGGGAAAGCACCAGGACUGGCUCAGCGAAGGGGAGAUUCAGUCCUGGAGCAAGUUCGCUUUCGCUGGCCAUAUUCUGCGCAUUCUUGUCUUGACACUUUCGAAAUUAUCGACCACCCUCUUGGUUUGGAGGUUAACACCGAAUAAGAGCCUUCGUCGCAAUUGCGCUAUCACCUCUGGGGUAGUUGUCGCGUGGUCAGUAUUCGCCGUAUUGAGCAUCGCUUUCCAGUGCGAAAUGCCUUAUCCGUGGCUAUACUCCCCUGAUCGAUGUGCCGGAAAGGGAGCUUUAUUAUACCCGAUCGCAAUUUUCAACAUUCUCACUGAGAUUGCAAUUGUUGUCUUGCCAUUCAUCAUGAUGCAUAAUGUGCAGAUGGUCUGGCAUAAGCGCGUCAAGGUCCUGUCCUCUUUUACCUCACGGCUAAGUAUCGCCAUCCUGGGCAUCGCUCAUCUAGCCCUCUUACCUUCAUUCGUCCAUUCAAAUGAUGUCUCCUGGGCAAUUGUCGAUUGGGAAAUAAUGGGCCAAGUAAUGAUGCUCACAUCCGUCAUAAUUGCAUGUGUCCCAACCCUCUAUCAUAUCUUCGCUGGCCUACAUUCGGGUCUUACCUCAACCGAGAUCCCCGACGCGAUCGGCCUCGAGGGCCCACGGACGAAAGGUAGCGCAUAUGUGAACCAAUCCUGGUCCGGAGGAAGCCAGUCGCAAUCUCAAUCGCGCUCGCGGUCGCGGUCGCGGGGAAAGCCGAGGAAGAAUGGUCGCUCAAUGUUCGAUGGUUGGGGAGGUGAGAAUCGGGUAAUAACUGAGGUUUCGACGGGCCAGGAUACGAAUCGGAAUGAUCAUGGUCGUAGGGAGUCUGGUUCAAGCGAUGGCACAGAGAGCACGAGACAUUUGACACAAGAUCAUCAUGGGGCAGGGACAGUUCUAAGGACGGUUGAUGUUACGGUCGAGAUUGAAGAACAGGAGCAGUAUCAUCGGGAUCGAAUUUGA